GGGUCCAUCCUGCAUGCCUAAUAGGCUAUUUAAGGAACUGGCUGCUGACAUCCAGGCAUCCCCCCCCUUUCCUCCUUCUCCUCCCCUCCUCACCCAUACACACACCCAUCCAGAACCACCUUAAAAGCGGGAGGCAAUUGUGAAGUAUCUGGCCAGCAAGUGGAGUUGGACUGGAUAAUGAGAUAAAGACAGAGGGCAGAGAGAGUCAGAAAGAUUUGUACAGGGGAAACACACACACACACACACACACACACACACACACACACACACACACACACACACACAAAUAGAGUCCCUUGGAGACCCAGAGAGACACCAAGGGGAAAAUAUAGUUUGAAGGAUAGUCCAGGGCACUAAUAGAAUUUCCUCUCUCUCUCUCUCUCUCUCUCUCUCUCUCUCUCUCUCUCUCUCUCUCUCUCUCUCUCUCUCUCUCUCUCUCUCUCCUCUCCCACUUGCACUACAGAGUCGCCCCCCCCCCCUAUCUAAUCUUUUGUACCACCCUUCCAGGAGACCAUGCUGCUAUUUCUUAACCUCUUGCUAGAGCUGGUCCGGAUUCUGGCUGCAGAUGGGGGUUCUCAUUGGACGUAUGAAGGUCCACAUGGUCAGGACCAUUGGCCAGCCACUUAUCCUGAAUGUGGGAGCAAUGCCCAAUCUCCCAUCGACAUACAAACUGAAAGGGUGACAUUUGAUUCAGAGCUGCCUGCUGUGCAGCCCCAUGGCUAUGACCAGCCUGGCACAGAGCCUCUCUCUCUGCAUAACAAUGGACAUACAGUGCAACUGUCCCUGCCCCCCACUCUAUACCUGGGGGGACUCCCCCGAAAUUAUGUAGCAGUCCAGCUCCACCUGCACUGGGGCCGAAAAGGGCAGCCAGGAGGGUCAGAGCACCAGGUCAACAGCGAAGCCACUGCUGCAGAGCUUCACAUUGUCCACUACGAUGCCGAUUCCUUCAACGAACUGAAUGAAGCUGCACAAAAGCCACAGGGACUAGCUGUCCUGGGCAUCCUCAUUGAGGUAGGUGAGAACCAGAGUCCAGCUUAUGAACACCUCUUGAGUCAUUUGGAAAAAAUCAGGCAUAAAGGUCAGACCACCCUGGUGCCACCCUUUGAUGUGGGGGGACUGCUUCCUCCAGAGAUGGGGGAGUUCUACAGGUACAAUGGCUCCCUUACUACCCCUCCCUGCUACCAGAGCGUCCUCUGGACUGUCUUCCAUAGAAAGGCCCAGAUUUCUAUGGGGCAGUUGGAGAAGCUACAGGAGACUUUGUUCUCCACAGAGGAGACCAGACCCCCCCAAUCACUGGUCCAGAACUACAGAGCCCCUCAGCCCCUCAACCACCGACUGGUUGUUGCCUCUUUCAUCCCAGAAGGAGCCUUUUAUUCCACAGGUGAAAUGGUGGGUCUAGGCCUGGGAAUCUUGUUUGGCUGUCUCUGCCUCUUGCUUGCUGGUUACUUCAUUGCCAGGAAAAUUAGAAGGAAUAGACUGGGGCAACAGAAGAGUGUUGUCUUUACUUCAUCCCGACGGGCUACCACUGAUGAGUAGAGACCCUCCCGGACAUCCCUUCACCUUUACUUUUCAGCAAGCCUGGAGGAUUCUGGGUAGGGCUUGUCAGACAAUAGCUGUAGCAGUAACAGUUGAUCGUCCCUCCUUCUUACUGAUACCUCCUUGAGGAGUGGGCUUGGACUCUAAGGAAAAUAGCUUGGAAAGCUCUAACCACCAAUGGGAAGAUGGAAAAAGUGACAAGGAUCUGUUUUUCCCUGAGAAGAGGGAACUAGUUGAACUCAAGCAUUCCCUCUCAGCUUCCAGUCUCUUCCCUGGACAGUAGAGACAGUCCCUUGGAAAGAGGGUUGCUGCAACAGAGGUUCAAUAGACCACGAUCUGAAUGUUCUGGAAAUAAACAAUUUUGACUGUACCAUAA